AUGAUGAAACGGGCAGCUUUCGCUGUAGUGGGAGGAGCGGCCAAGAUGAUGUCCGCCGCCGCGGUCGCCAACGCGGGUGGAGUCGCUGCGGGCAGCCUGGUGGCUACGCUUCAGUCCGUGGGGGCAGCUGGACUCUCAACGUCAUCCAACAUCCUUCUGGCCUCUGUUGGAUCAGCCUUCGGAGCCUGGCUUGGAGGCUCCAAAAAGGAACCUUCUUCCCCUUCCCCAGACGAACCCGAGUCUCCCCCAGCCGAUCCCGAGGCUAAAGGGGAAGCAGAAGAAACUAAAUCCCAAACUGAGCCUCCAAACCCCCCACUCAGCUCAGAGAAGCAGGAGAAAUAA